AAUGAUCGAAAGCCCUAAACUCUCAAAAACCCUUGUAAAAACCCAGGCGCGGUAAGAACCAAACGACUAGAAACAGAAAUGGGCAAGAAGAAGAAAAGAGCCGAAUCAGAAGCCGAAGCAGAGCAAGAGAACAAAAUCGACAUUGUUAAUGGCGAUUCUCAUAAGAAAGACAAGAAGAAGAAGCACAAAUUCGACAAAGCCGCGCUGAUACCUACUGUGAGCGUAGCCGUCCCCGGUUCCAUCAUCCACAACGCUCAAUCCCUCGAACUCGCCACCAGAUUGGCUGGUCAGAUUGCUCGUGCCAUGACGAUUUUCCGAAUCGACGAGGUGGUGAUAUUUGACAACAAGAGUGAGUCUGGCUCACCACCAGAAGCUAAUUCGGAUGAGGAUGAAAGUGGUGCUGCUUUUCUUGUACGAAUCUUGAGGUACCUUGAGACACCUCAAUAUUUGAGAAAAGCGCUGUUUCCAAAACAUAUCAGCUUAAGAUUUGUGGGUAUGUUGCCUCCACUUGAUGCUCCGCACCAUCUUCGCAAACAUGAAUGGGGUCCGUUUCGGGAAGGUGUCACACUAAAAGAAAGAUCUCCUAACCCUGCGGGAACACUAGUUGAUGUGGGUUUGAGUAAGAAUGUCAUCGUUGAUCAAGUACUUGAACCUGGGACGAGAGUUACUGUGGCUAUGGGAGCCAACCGGAAUUUGGAUGCUGAUAUAUCACACCAGGUUGUCUCAUCUUCCAAGCCUAGGGAAGAAGCAGGAACGUAUUGGGGGUACAAAGUGCGCUAUGCUUCCAAUAUUACUUCAGUAAGGAAUGAAUGCCCAUACAAGGGUGGCUAUGAUCACUCAAUUGGUACCUCAGAGCAUGGUCAGAUUAUUAAUUCCUCUGAUCUCACUAUACCUACCUUCAGGCAUCUAUUGAUUGCUUUUGGUGGACUUGCUGGGUUGGAAGAGAGCAUUGAAGAAGAUAAUAACUUAAAGGCAAAAAAUGUGCGAGAGGUAUUUGAUUUGUAUUUGAACACAUGUCCACAUCAGGGGAGUCGAACAAUUCGAACAGAGGAAGCCAUUUUCAUUUCACUUCAGUAUUUCCAAGAACCAAUCAACAGGGCAUUGCUGAGAGUUUAGCAUUAAAGCUUACUAUUUGGAGGACAUUGAGAAUUUCCACAAAUUGGGGUCAAGAUAGGGAAUCUGAUUCUUGAUUUGGCUGCUAACAUUUUGAAAGACGGAAUUAGUUACU